AUGGACGACGGGGUGGAUUGUCUGCCGCUGAUUGGGUCGGGUGAUCAUCUGCUGGAGGAUUGUCGAGUGGAGGAGGAGGAGGAGGAGGAGGAGGAGGAGGAGGGAUCCUCAAUGACGGUCUCCUCGAUGGCGGGACACCAACAGGCCUACCUACAGCACUAUACCCUAGACCCGAACCCUAAGGGACCCGACAAGUGCCCUGGCCUGCAAAGCACGGGCCCCAUGACUGCCUGA